AUGCUGCCAGGCCCCCAUCGAUUUAUCAGCAUGAAGAGCCCAAUUGUGCGGUCGAUAGUUGGCGCUCUCUGCGUCUUCAUCAUCGUCAUGGCCACCAUGCACGACGACAGCCUUCACGUACGCUCCAAGAUUCUCGAGCAAGCCGGCAUCAGACCAGGAUACAAAUCACAUCACAAGUCCCAGCAGCAUCUCGACAGCAAACCUAACUCGACUCCCAACGUUAAAAUGGACUGCAACGCCGACCAUGCCCACCUAACCCAGAUCAAAGAGCGCUACCAUCUCGAGGACAGGUUUCAGUACAUGAAGCGCUAUGUCCGUUUCACUCGCAAAGACGGUCUCGAACGCAAGCGAAUGACGAAGCUCUCUCAGAAACUGCUCCCUGAUAGCUUCAGAACGGUUGACCUGGGCAAAGACGUCGGCGGAGGCGAUGUGUGUGCUGCUCCCCUCGAGGUCGAUGUACCUGCGUCCGGCUACCCUCGCAGCGUCGACGCGUCUGACUACAUGUUCGGAGUCUCGACCACGUACAAACGCUUCAUGGAUGCAAACACGACGCCUAUCAACGAGUGGAUCUUCUGGCUCACCGACAGCCACGGCAACUCAAACGGCGGCAAGUUGCUACUCAUGCUUCUCGAUGCCACCGACGAACAGCUCCAGGAGGUGGCCAACAUGCUGGGCGACGUGGGGAUCGACGUCGACGUCUACCACUCCGACUCGUCGGUCGAGAUGGCCGUCCGCUACCUAACCCUGGUGCCGACUCUCUACACCCAUCCCGAAUCAAAGAGCAAGAAGUGGCUGGUCACUUGUGACGACGACACUUUCUUCCCCAACAUGCAUGGCCUCGUUGACAAGAUGGCCACCUUCGACCACACGAGGGACAUGUACAUUGGCACUCUGUCCGAAGACGUCGGUGCCAUCGAGCGGCACGGCUCGCAAGCCUUUGGAGGAGCUGGCGUUUUCUUAUCUCGGUCCAUGGCCGAGAAAAUCACCGGACAUUUUGGCAACUGCACCACAAAGGCAAAGAUUCUCGAGUCCAACUCCGGCUGGGGCCCUCAGGGCGACAUCAUCCUGCGCAAGUGCAUCUACGAAAACACAGAGGUGCGAUUGACCACACUCUGGGAUCUCUGGCAGCUCGACUUUUUCGGUCACCCCAGCGGCUUCUAUGAAUGGGGAAUCAAGCCGCUCUCGUUGCAUCACUACCGUGGUGGAGGCUGGCACGUCGCCAAGCCUGGCCAGUACACCAAGAUUGCUCAUGCGUGCGGCGAAGACUGCUCUCUCAUGCGAUUCCAAACAACGGACGACUUUAUUAUCUCAGGCUAUUCCAUUGCCCACUACCCGCAGGGCAUCACUUUUGAUACCAACCAGUUGGAAGCCACUUUGUAUGCUGCACCGGAGAACAAGGGCUGGAACCUCGACUUUAUGUUUGGCCCACGGCGACAGUCGCUCCUCAAGACGGGGCGCAAGAUAUCCUGGGAGCUCCAAGAGUCCGAACUCCAAUCGGAUGGCUCCGUUUUGCAAACAUAUACGCGAAGCAAAAAUGACGAGAGAUGGGUCCACGCCGACAAAAAGCCAAUGAGCAACAUCGACGGCGUGAUUGAGCUUGUUUGGAUCCCUUCAUAA